AUGGUGAUACCCGAAUUAUCAAGCCAGCGUGGCUCUAGACCUACUAAUUCGGAGAAUGGGGCGCGCGAGAAUCCCUAUCUAGCUUUUGUCGCUGCUAUCGAUCCUGAUGGCACAAUGGAUGACGGUCGAGCCUAUGUUGGUGGUGCAAGACAUUAUGUUGAUAAGGCUGUGACUCGUUCUGCAAAUAACAUCAGUAAUCAGCAGAGUCCUCCAACUCAAGCUCAAUCUCAAGUUCAAGUUCAAGUUCAAACCCAAGCUCAAUCUCAGGUUCAAGCUCCAGCUCAAACCCAAUCUCAAACCCAAAGCAAGCAGCAAUUGGGAAGCAGCCGUCAACCGGCGCAACACUCUUUCAAGCAACCGCCACAACAGCCAAAAUAUUCUACAGCAGAACGAGUUCGUGGAUCUGGCCAAUCUCGGUGGUCUGGAAAACCGCUGGCUACCGCAAACUCGAUUCCUGAAGGAUUUUUUGCUACUGCUAAACCAGUUACACCCGCGUCAUCAUCAAACGCUUCACCCCAGCAGGUUAAGCAAGAUUUAUCUCCACAACAUAGUGAUUCAGGCCAAUUUCGAGAUCACAGGCCUGAAACAAAAGUCCCGGAGGUGCAGCAUGAGUUCCGCCCUAGAAUAUCAGAUGUUCAGCGGGCCAUGGGCUCCGUCACUGUUAACGAAGGAAAUGUCACGAAAGUCUCUCAGCACCCUGAGCAGGCCCGUUCAAACUGGAAUACUCUCGCAACAUCAUCAGAAACUGCAGGAUGGGGACUCCUUUCAUCGAGAACAAUGCCCAGUAGAGCUGGGAGAUUUGGCGAUAUCAGUGACGAUGAAGGGUCAGUGUCCACCUCGCGAGGUUCACAUUCAGUAGUGCCCGCGUCUAAUGAUGGUGAUCCAUUAUAUCUUCAGUAUCCAAUUGGAGAUGGAUGCUAUGUCACAGUGACUAUACAUGUAGAUAGGAGUGCACAAGCUGCACGCAGACGAAUCCCUAUUGAGAUGCCUCGCUUGCAGUCUGGUUACAAAGUACAGACAAUGGAACAGUUGGCUAAUAUUUUCAAAGAAGCGGUGGAAGACGAGAAGAGUAACGCGUUAUGA